AUGUACGAACUUGACAAUAUCAAGCCCCAUCCCAUCACUGGCCGGCUUAUCGAUUCCUAUCCAAUCACCCGCACGAAGCCUAUGCGCGUCCUAUGCCUCGGACAGUCAAGAACAGGAACAGCGACCCUAUUCACAGCCCUUAAGCAGCUGGGCUAUAAUCCAUACCACAUGUCUGUUGCGAUGGGUAGCCCAAAGACAAACUUUCGUCUUUGGCGCGAAGCACUCGAUGCAAAAUAUCACGGCAGAGGCAAACCUUGGGGUCGAGAAGAGUUUGACAAGAUCCUUGGUUCUUAUGAUGCUGUGCUUGAGAUACCAGCUAUAUGCUUCGCGGAGGAGCUUGUAGCUUCAUACCCAGAAGCAAAGGUCAUUGUCACACAGUACGACGUGGAUAGCUGGCUGCGAGGUAUGGACUCGACAGGUGGUCGUGUUCUACGCUGGCCUCUCUGGGAUACACUGGCGAGUUGGGAUUCCUCGAAUGCAGGGCCGUUUUGGGAGUUCUCAAAGAAAGCUCUGCCAGCUAGUGUCCACACUAUGACUGACUUUUCAACAAAGUCACCUGCACGUCAGGCUUACCAUGAUCAUUACGAGCUGGUCAGGAGGAUAGUUCCUGCAGAUAAAACGCUUGAGUAUCGUGUCGAGGAAGGUUGGGGACCGCUUUGCAAGUUCUUGGACAUAAGUGUACCUGAUGAAAAGUUUCCGAUGGUGGAUGAUUCGAAGAAGUUCGUUCUUGUACAUAAGAUGAUGUGGUGGAUGGCUUUUGCUAAGAUGGUCGGUAAGGGAUCAUUGGCAAGUGCUGUUGCAGGAAUUUUCACUUCGAUGAUUGCUCUGUGGAGGCUGAGAUAUGCUGUUAAUAUCGUUGGUAUGCUCAGGCCUGUAGGGGGGUUUUCUUGA